AUGCCGCCAGGAGCACCGACACCAAAUCCAAGCAGCGGAAACGCCACCGCGGGCGUCGCUGCGGAUACUACGAGCCUUUCCGCAAGCGCCGAAGGGGAAAGGGUGCAUCCCGGACCUUCCGCGGUGGGGGAAACCAUACCCGCAGAAGGUAGUCAGCCCGCGGGGCUAGCGCACGAUUCAGCGACUCAAUUUUCUUCCGCCGGAGAAGGCACAGGCGGAAGUUCCGCCGCUCUUCCUUCCGCCGGUUCCUCAAUUUCCGCGCCGCCGCCGGUACCCGAGGAGGAUCACGGCGGCGUCCGCGACGCGCCGCCGGCCGGUGCUGCUGCGGAGGAGGGUGAGCUCUCCGCCGCCGAGGUGCAUUACUUCGCGGAAACGCUCCGCCAAUGGCACGGGCGGACGGACACGCCGCGUUGCCCCUCCGCGGGGGCGUUCCGCCGACACUCCGUCGGGGGGAAACCGCGCGGCAUCCCCCUGCAGAUGUCCGCCCCGGUCGGGGGAAGCGCCGGCAUGCGCGGAGCAGCGGCGAAGGAGAAGAAGCAGAAGAAGGAAGAAGAGGAGGAGCAGCCGCUGCUGGCGCAAGGCGGCGCGGGGGCAGCGCCGCGGGGCAGGGCGGCUGGCGCGGAUGCAGGCGCAAUGGCGGGGGACGGCGCGGAAGGCGCGGCGGAGUUCGACUACGGGAAGCUUCGCGGGGUGCUGACGGGACUGGCGAAAGACGUGUUGGUAGAGCUGUGGAUAGAGCAGCACGUGCGGUUGGUGGAAGUGGGGGAACGAGAGGCCGCCGCGGAGGCUUACCGGGGCAUCAUGGAGCGCGCGCAGCAGCUGCAGCGCGUGUCAUUCCGCGUGCCGUCCAAGAGGGAGGGGUUGACCGGCAUUGACCUGCUGCUGCGCGACGGACUGCUGACGUUCCUAAUCAAACUCAGUCAAUACCUUCCGCCCAUGCCCGAACAGGUGGUGAAGCUACACGAUGUGACCUACACGGCCAAGAUCCAGCGCAAGCAGGAGGGGUACGAGACGGUGGGGUCGAAGCUUCUCGGCUGCUUCCUGCCGUGCGCCUCACCGCCGGCCCCCUGGGAGGACUUCAACGUGCUCUCAGACCUCUCUGCUUACUUCAUGCCCGGCUCGCUCACACUCAUCUGCGGCCCGCCCGGAUGCGGCAAAUCCGCAUUCCAUAAGACCAUCGCAGGGCGCCUCCCAGAGACCAAGUCCCUGCGCCUGUCCGGCGAUGUGACAUAUAACGGGCGGCCGUGGCGGGAGGUGCAGGUGCGGAGGAUGACGGCGUUUGUGGGGCAGACGGACGAGCACAUCCCCACGCUCACAGUCAUGGAGACGUGCAAGUUCGCUCAGGAGUGCAACCGCCUCAUCACCCCCAAGGAUUACGAGCCGCUACAGGGGCUUAUCGACAUGAUACGCACAGAGCUGGGCGGCAUGGACUUGAAACUGGAGUUCACGCUGCACCUGCUGGGGCUCAAGGGAGCGGCCAACACCAUCGUGGGCAGCCGCACUGUGAGGGGCGUGAGCGGGGGGGAGCGGCACCGUGUGACAACGGCUGAAAUGAUGUCUGGCAUGUUUGUGGUGAUGGCGUUUGACGAGAUCAGCACGGGGCUGGACAGCAGUGCGACGUACGACAUAGUGUCGGCCAUCCGCACCAUUGCCCGCGUGCGCCGCACCACCAACGCCUUCUCGCUGCUGCAGCCGCCGCCCGAAGUGUUCAAUUUAUUCGACAGGGUGAUAGUGCUGAGCGAGGGCAGUAUCAUCUACCAGGGCCCACGGGCUGAUGUGCUGGCUUACUUUGAAGGGCUGGGAUACCGCAAGCCUCCCCAUGUGGACGUGGCGGAUUUCAUUCAGGAGAUUCCAACAGAGUCAGGUGUGGAGUUUGUGGCACCUGGCGCCGCCCACCUGAGCACGGCGCAGCUGGUGGAGGCAUACCAGAACUCGGCGCACUACAGGGAUGUGAUGCGCGUGGUGCAGGGGGAGAAGGUGUGCAAGUCUGUGUGGGUGGAGGUGCAGCCGCCUAUCGACCUGACCUUCUCCGUGUCAGGGGACUCAGUCGUGGUGGCCAGUGUGGCACCGCACUCCCAUCUCGCGCGCCCAGACAUCACCUGCACUGACACCGUGCACCCAGGGGACUCCGUCACAGGCCUGGCUCUCCCGGGAGGGAUCAUGCAGUAUGCCAAAGCAGGGGACGGCAGGGGAGGAGGCGGAAGGGAGGGUGGGGAGCAGGAGGGGGUUGUGAGUGCGGAGGAGCUUCAGAAGAAGCUGUUGGUUGCGGCCAAGGGGGGGGAAGGAGGCGGGAAGGAAGGGGAAGGCGAGGGGGAGGGAGGUGGUGCUGUGCGGCUGCAGCUGGAACGGCCGUUGGUGCAGGUGGGUGGGAUGCGGUUGGAGGGGUUUGUACAGCAUUCCUUGGUGCCUCAGCAGUGUGCUCUCCACCUGCCUCCCCAUCCCCCUCACGUUCCCCACACUCCUCUUCUCAUCUCCCACACGCCAAGUUUGAGCAGGAAUGUACGCCAUUCCGUGGUGGCCCAACACUGUCCACUCCACCUUUCCCUCCUUCCCCAUCACCCUCUCUCACAAUCCCUUUCCCCUGACUCCUCAUCUCUCACAUCGUCCCCCCACCUACAGGAGGAGGAGCCGUCGCACGCCAAGUUUGAGCAGGAGUACGCCAUCCCCUGGUGGCCCAGCACGAAGCUGGUGGUAGGGCGGCAGUUCAAGGUCGCCAUCCGCAACACCUCCUUCCUCAUCGCGCGCGGCAUGCAGGUGCUCAUCCUGGGCAUAUUCACGGGAACAGUCUUCUUCCAGAUCCCCAACACCGUCUCCACGGCCACCAUGCAGCUGCGCCUCUCCAUCGCCUUUGCCGCCACCAUGGCCCUCGCACUGGGCGGCUUUGCGCUCAUCCCGAACAUCAUAGACGAGCGGCAGGUGGUGGAGAAGCAGCUGGGGGCGCGGUUUUAUCGCUCCACGUCCUAUGUCAUUGCCAGUACCAUCUGCAACUUCCCCUUCUCGCUCGCUGAGGUGCUGAUAUACGGCCCGCUCGUGUACUGGUUGACGGGCAUGAGUGCGGCACAAGGAGCGUCGCACUUCUUCCUCUUCAUGCUGCUGCUGCUCGCAGUGGACGUCAUGGGCGCCACGCUCAUCCGCCUCAUCGCCUCCGUCAGCUCUUCACGCGAGAUGGCGUCUAGCCUUGCAGGGUUGAUGGUCAUUACAUUCCUGCUCUUCACGGGCUUUCUACUCACGAAGCCCAACAUCCCGCCGUGGUGGAUCUGGAUGUAUUACAUCAACCCGCUGCAGUACGGCGUCACGGCCAUCUGCAUCAACGAAUUCCUCUCCGGCUCCUACAACGAGAGCAGCUCACGUCUGUCGUUCGCUGCAGUACGGAGCGGCGGAGCCACGGCCAUCUGCAUCAACGAGUUCCUCUCCGGCUCCUACAGCGAGGGCCCUCGCAGUGGGUUCACUUCCUAUCCCUCACACUCCCUCUCGCUCACACUCCCUCUCACUCACCCUCCAUCUCCAUCACACUUCCUCUCGCUCACACCCCCUCAAGCUCACAAUCCCUCUCACUCACACUCCGUCUCUCCCGCACUCCCUCUCUCCCACUCCCUCUCCCGCACCUCUCAGCUCUGCAGCACAGUCAACACCACCACCGCAUCCUUCUGUAUCAACAAGCCUGCAGGCACAACAGCCGGAGAAGCCUUCCUUCAGUUCUUCGGCAUACCUUCUUCCUUUGGAGCUGUCUGGAUCUCCUUCGCAGCCCUCAUAGCCUUCACUGCGCUCUUCAUCUGCCUCACCUUCCUUGCUGCUUCCCGCGUGCGCUUCAACGAGAAUAAGACGCCGCCCGCCAGCCGCCUGCCGCCCCUGCCGCCCCAGCGGAACGUGUUCCAGAAGGCCGUGCGGGCGGUAAAGAAGCAGAUGUCUGCAGAGGGAGAGGCGGGCAAGGGGGGGGAGGAGGAGGGGAGGGGGGAGGGAGAGGCGGAAGAAGCACAGGCAAUGAUCAAGAGGGAUGGUGCUGGUGCUGCAGGUGCUGCUGCUGGUGGUGCUGGUGCUGCUGAAGGCAGUCUUAUUGAGGAUGGUGCAGAGGAGGAUGGAGGGAGCAAGGCCGCCCCUCAGUCCCGAGUGCAGUUCACCCCCACCACUCUUUCCUUCCAUGACCUGCUCUAUGAGGUGGACGUGCCGGGCAUGAGCGAGCCCAAGGUGCUGCUCAACAGUAUCUCGGGCUUCGUUCGCCCCGGCACCAUGACUGCUCUCAUGGGCUCCUCAGGUGCGGGCAAGACGACCCUGUUGGACGUGCUGGCAGGGCGCAAGACCAUAGGGCGCAUCAGAGGCGACAUUCUCGUCAACUCCUUCCCCAAAGUGCAGGACACGUUCGCCCGCAUCUCCGGCUACGUGGAGCAGAGUGAUAUCCACACACCCUUCAUCACCAUCCGCGAGUCGCUACAGUUCAGUGCCGCGCUGCGCCUCCCCUCCACCACCUCGCGCGCUGAAAGGGCACUCGUGGUUCAGGAGGCCAUGGACCUGCUGGAGCUGCACGACAUAGCGGACACGCUGGUAGGCUUCAUAGGCAUCAACGGGCUGUCAGUGGAGCAGGCAAAGCGGCUGACGAUAGGCGUGGAGCUGGUGGCGAACCCCAGCGUGCUGUUCCUGGAUGAGCCGACGAGUGGGCUGGAUAGCCGCGCUGCUGACAUUGUCGUGCGGGGAAUCAGAAACAUUGCUGCCACUGGCAGGAGCACGAUCUGCACGAUCCACCAGCCGAGCCGGCGGCUGUUCUUUGCGUUUGACUGGCUCUACCUCAUGAAGCGCGGGGGCGAGGUGGUUUACUUCGGCCCCAUCGGCCACAACGGCUGCGACCUCCUGAGCUACUUCGAGUCUCUGCCGGGUCUGCCCAAGUGCCGGGAUGACCAGAACCCUGCCACUUAUAUGUUGGAGAUGAUAGGGGCGGGCAUCGGUCAUGCGGCCAUGCGGGACUUUGCUCUUGACUACGCUGAGAGUAUUCUUGCUGCUGACAACCAGGAGCAGCUAGAUUCGAUCCGGUUUGGCAGGGGCGAGUACGGGCCAGAGCCCACAGUGAAGGGGUAUGCAGCCACGUUUGGCACCAUGACACGCGUGGUCUUCCUGCGCCAGUUCCGCACGUACUGGCGCAACGUCUCCUACAGCUUUGGACGUAUUAUGUUCUCCAUCAUCCUCGGACUCAUUCUCGGGAGCGCCUUCUGGCAGAUCAACUACACCACGACGCCCGGCUUCGCUUCCCGCCAGGGUCUUAUCUAUGUGGCUCUCGUGUUCGUGGCUGUGGUUAAUGCCAACAACGUCAUUCCACAGGUGAACGCGGAGCGGCCUGUGUAUUACAGGGAGAAGGCAUCCAACAUGUAUUCUGCGUUCCUCUACAACGUGUCGUGGGGGCUCAUUGAGAUGCCCUACCUGGCGCUCACCACGCUCAUCUUCUGCAGCAUCUGCUUCGGCAUGGCGGGCGUGGCAACGCACAGUGCGGGGGACUUUUUCCUCUUCUGGCUCAACUUCUUCCUCUACUCCUCCUGCAUCACCUACUACGGCAUCUUCAUGGCCAUGCUCACUCCCAACGCUGAGACGGCGACUGUGAUCAUCCCUGUGAUAGUCAACAUCUGGAACAUCACCUCUGGUUUUAUGAUCCCCAAGACCGACAUCCCCAGCUUCUGGGUGUGGCUUUACUACCUCAACCCCACCCAGUUCGCACUCAACUCCCUCCUCUCCAUAGCCUUUUACUGCGACACCACCACUCCCGGCGGCCCCUGCUCUGCUCCUGGCUGUCCUACCAACCCUGCCGCCUGCCCUGCCUGCACGUGCAAUAGGAUUACCGAUCAGGGGAAUGUGCUUGCUUGGACUAUUGCAGAGCAGCAGCGCUCGCUGAAUCGGGGCAACGUGGGGUGGAACGUGCUUGCGCUGGUGGCGUUUAUUGUGGUGUUCCGAGCGGGGGCUUAUCUUGGGUUGCGCUUUAUCAAGUAUAACCGCCGUUAG